AUGGCUACUACACAGGUCGAGCUAGCUUCGCCGCCGACGCAAGCCCCUGCGCUCGAGACCAAGCACAAACUGGACUAUGCCGAUAUACCCGUGCUCGAUUUUAGCACCUUCGACCAGCCCGGAGGAAAGGAGAAGCUCGCAGCACAGUUGCAAGAGGCUGUUGAGCUAAACGGAUUCUUCUACAUUGUCAACUUUGGCCUGAGCCAGGAUGACCUCCAGCGCCAGUGGCUCCUGGGCAAAGAGAUUCUCCAACUUCCCAUGGAAGAGAAGAUGAAGUUCCGUGCCAAGCUGGAGGACGGAGACUACAACGGAUAUCGCCCGCUCGGGUCGAUCGAGCAGUUCCCUGGACUGCGAGACAACUGGGAAUGCUACCACGUCUUCAAGUUCAACCCAGAGUACCAGAAGGAACACCCCGACAUUGUCAAGGAUCAUUAUGCCGAGAUUGAAAAGUUCCACCGCUUCGUCCACCAAGAUGUGGCCUACAAGGUGCUCCGCCUCAUCGCCACUGUCUUGGAACUUCCCGAGGACUUCAUGGUCAACCACCACCGGUAUGAAAGCAGCUGCUCCUCCUUCCUGCGCUACAUGAAGUACUACCCGCGAACGCCCGAGGAGAACGACAAGUACAAGCACAUUUACACGCGGGGCCACACCGACUUUGGCAGCGUCACCUUUCUAUUCUCGCAGCCCAUCGCCGGGCUCGAGCUCCAGGAGCGCGACGGGAGCUGGAAGGCCGUGAGGCACAUUCCCGGGAGCAUCGUCGUCAACACGGCCGACAUGCUCCACUUCUGGACCAACGGCUACCUCGCGAGCUGCAUGCACCGCGUCGUGUCGCCGCCGCCGGAACAGGCCCACAUGGAGCGUUUCGGGCUCAUCUACUUCCUCCGCCCCAACGACGACGCGCGCCUGCAGACGGUGGACAGCCCGCUCCUGCGUCGCCUUGGACUCCUCGACAAGAAGGAGCGGGAAGAGCUCGAGGCCAAGCGAAACGUCAGGGUGGGCGACUGGGUCCCGAUCCAGACCAAGAAGAACUGGACGCCGUUUGAUCAACAGCCCCAGUCGCAGAGGGAAUUUCAGUCGCUCUUUCAUUAG